AAGGUGACCUUUUAAUGCUUUUAUAUUUACUCAAAUUAAUGUUGAUUUCGAUAUAAAAACUUUUGAAAUGUGAGGUAAUGCCUUUUUCCUUAAAAGUGGUUCAAAGAUGUCGGACCUAUCACAGAUUGUAAUUUUUGCCAAACUCAUUGGCUUCAUUCUUGGAGAUCCGGUAUUAUUCACUGUAAAUAGUAUACUGGAUGACUUCUACUCUACUGACAAUGUUUUGGCUUCAGUCAACACCUUAACAUCAAUAGACUGUGUAAGACAAUGUUCACAAUACACAUCGUGUCAUUCAAUGUUUUACUCAUCAUCAGAUCAAUCCUGUCUACUCAACUCAGUCAGAUAUACAUCGGGAGGUAUAAGUAAACCGGGAGUUAGGUACUACGAAAAAGCAGGGUCUACUGUUCAAGCAAUAGAUUCUGCACAAACUACAGUGCCAGGACAAACAAUUACAAACCAAAUAACAACAAUGAUCCCUGGCGUAACUCCUACUGCAGCAUUGUCGUGUCUUAUCAAGUCAUGCCAAAAUCAUGGCAACUGUGUUAACGAUAUAUGUCAAUGUACACCGAACCAUGCUGGAGAUUAUUGUCAGAAAGCGUAUUCAUUUAGUGGAUGUUACUGGGGACAUUUCUCCGUUGAACUUAACUUCCCUUCCAUCACUCCACUGAUUUGUGUGGACGCAUGCAUCAAAGAGUCUUAUGAAUACGCUGCACUUCGGAUUGGUCACGAGUGUACGUGUGGAUCGGAUAUAUCUGGCUUUUUGCAGGAUUCAGUGAAUGGAUGUAACGUCGCCUGUAAUGGUGACAAUGCUUAUAUUUGUGGAGGAGCACAAGCAUUGUCUAUAUACCAUAUAGUAUGAACACAUACAUGUAAAAAUGUUGUGGAUCAAUAGCAAUGUCUGUGUACCAUAAAGUAUGGACAUAUAUUGAUGAAUAUAAAGAUUUAGCUAGAUUUGUUCACAAUAUUUUUAUUAGGUACCUGUACUAUUGGUUAUUGUAUUGCUUUAAAUUUUGAUUGAAGUUAUAUAUGGACUUCAUUGUA